UGAAAAUGGAGAAGUAGUCCUUUCAGCAUGGAAAGGAAAGACAGCCAUGACAGUGGUCAUGUGCAUGUGAUCAGGUUUCCUUGGCGACGUGAUUUAGGGAGAAGUGUGGAGGUGGAUCAAGUAAAACCAGGAGAGUAUACUCUACAGACCCUCUUCCUACAGUUCUGUUCCAUUGCAGAGAAGAAAGUUGAACAAGUGGUGGCAGAACCACUGGAAAAGCCUUUGGCAAAGUCAUUACAGAGAGGAGAGGACACACAGUUUGAUCAGAUUCUGGGAGCGUUAGGAUGUGUAGCGGAGCAGAGUCUUCCCUCCAUUUUACAGAGUUUGUUCCGAUGGUUCGAGAAACAAAACCUGAUUGAUGAAUCGACUCAACUCGAUUCUCGCCAAAGACACAGGAGUAAAGGCAAGGACUUCCUGUGUGAGAAAUAUUAGCUAGCUGUAGAGUUUGUCUACUGCCUGGUGCUCAUUGAAGUCCUAGCUAAGCUAAAUUUCCACCCUGGCUAUGAAGACCUAGUGGUGUACAUCAUUAAACAAGCCUUCAGACACUUCAAGUACAAGGAUGGGAUACAAGCCAAUCCAAACUCACAGAACAUUAGUGUGAUAGCAGACCUGUAUGCUGAAGUCAUUGGAGUGCUUGCUCAGUCAAGGUUUCAGUCUGUGAGGAAGCAUUUUGUCAACGAGUGGAAGGAACUGAAGCUGAGAGAUCAGACUCCCUACACAGCUCAGAGUAUAAUCAGUCUGCUGAAUGGCCUCAAAUACUUCAGGGUCAAGAUGCAUCCUAUUGAGGACUUUGAGGCCUGUGUAUCAUUCCUCCAUGACCUUGGCCAUUACUUCCUAGAUGUCAAGGACAGAGAAAUCAAGCAUGCCCUGGCUGCAUUGUUUGUAGAUAUUCUGCUUCCUGUGGCAGGAACUGCCAAGAAUGAGGUGAAUGUCCCUGUGCUGAAGAACUUGGUGGAGAUGUUGUAUACACCUGUGGUAGACAUGACCAUGAAAAAGAAACACUCCAGUCAAGUCUUUCCACUUGUGACCUGCCUCCUGUGUGUCAGUCAGAAGCAGUUCUUCCUGAAUAACUGGCCAUAUUUCCUCACCACUUGUCUGUCACAUCUCAAGUCCAGGGACCCCAAAAGCUCCAGAAUGGCCCUUGACUCUCUUCAUAGGCUUCUCUGGGUUUACAUGGUGAGGAUCAAGUGUGAGAGUAACAGUGUAACACACAGUCGACUACAGAGCAUUGUCAGCAGCUUAUUUCCCAAGGGGUCAAAGGUUGUCACACCAAAGGAUGUCCCCUUGAAUUACUUUGUCAAAAUCAUUCAGUUUAUUGCCAAGGAAAGACUGGAUUUUGCCAUGAAGGAAAUCAUUUUUGAUCUACUGUGUGUAGGAAGGCCUGCCAAAAUAUUUCUGUCCCAUGGACCAGAGAGGAUGAACAUUGGUUUGCGAGCUUUCCUGGUGAUAGCGGACAGUCUACAACAGAAGGAUGGAGACCCCCCAAUGCCCCAGGCCCAGGCCACCCUCCCCUCAGGAAGUACGGUCAGGGUCAAGAGAACGUUUCUGAACAAGAUGUUGACAGACACCACAGCCAAGAGUAUCGGUAUAUCUCAGUAUUACCCCCACAUGCUGAAAGCCUUUGACUCCAUGUUGAGAGCACUGGAUUUGCAAGUGGGCAGACAACUCCUGCAGACUAAAACAGAAAAUGUUGGCAAGGAGCCAGAAGUCUUGAUGGGGGGAGAGAGGAAGGCAAAGAUAGAGCUGUUCAGGACCUGCAUUGCUGCCAUCCCUCGCCUGAUUCCAGAUGGAAUGACUCCUAUGGAGCUUGUAGAGAUGCUGAAUAGACUGACAGUACAUGUUGAUGAUACACUGAAAGGCCAUGCCUUUCAAGCUUUGCAGAAUCUGAUGUUGGAGUCAGCUUCCUGGAGAGAAAAUGUCAUCAGAGGUUUUGUGAUGUUCAUCCAGAAGGAGAUCAGUGACGUGACAAAUCAGUUGUUGGACAGCUCACUCCGUCUGUUGAUGCAGCUUCUGGUUCAGUGGAAGGCUAGCAUGAACACCAACAAGGAUAAGAGCUCAGGAGAUGGUAAUGUGGUGUUGGUCAGACAGGAAGUAACAGAUCUGAGCGUGCUCCAUGAGGUAGAGGGACUGGCCUUGGUCAUGAUGUGCAGUGCUAGAGUUGUCACUCGUAAACUUGCUGUUCAUCUGCUCAAGGAAGUCAGAAAUAUCUUCAACUCGGCCAAUACACAGGGGAAUGCUGAGCCCUGUCUGUUGGAGAUGAUUGACAGAUCGUGUGGUGAUAUCAUCAAGAGACUCCUCCCAUCUCUUCCUCACUCAGAAAAGUCUUUGAUUAUGACAUCAUCAAACAUUGACCUGACUUGGAUUAUUGACCGGGCAGCCUCAGUUUGGAAUCCCACUGUCAUUGACCCCAAGAUGCAGGAGCGACACUGGACGGCAGGGAAGGUCAGUCCAUGGAUGAGAUGUGUGGCUAUGUUUGUGUCCAGUGACUUUGGAAUGACAGUCUGUCCCCAUGCUGUGGGAGCAUCAUGGCCUAUCGUGUUCACCAGGCUCAGUAAUGUCUACACACUACUGGAACCAAGUACAAUGAUAAAUGAGAACCGUACUUCUCUGCUGCGUUCUGGCACAUCAAACAAGAAGCCAACUACAGAGAAAGACCUGGUCAUGGAGUUAUGGCAGAACUAUGUCAUCCUGGCUUGUGCUGUGGCUCAAAAGGGAAUCCCCUCUCAAUUCAGAUGUGCAUCACCAGACCCAGGGUCUUCCCCAGACAGUUCUGGAGGAGAUAAAAGUGACAGCAUCAAGAACAAUAACUCCUGCUCAGCCACUGCCCUUUUCACGAUGUUAGUUCCGCUUAUGAAGUGUGAGAACAUUGAUAUGAGAGACACCAUUGUAAAUGGACUGGGAUACACAAACCCUGCAGUGUUCAGAGAGCUGAUGGAUGAACUGGUGGGAUUUUUAAAAGAGGCCAUAGAUAGGAAGGAGGGAAAUUUCAAACGGAGAAGAAAGAAGGAUGUUCUUAGAGUUCAGCUAGCUCAUAUAUUUGAGCUGAUGGCUGCUAAUAAGACAUUUGCCCAAGCGGACUCUGGUGUGAUAGACAAAGAGGAACACUGCCUGAACAAGACGUUUGUGGAGUACAUUGAUGGAGCACGGCAGUACCUGGAGAGUGAGAGUGACCGGAACCUCCCCGACCUACAGGACAUCAGGCUCCACUUCAGUCGCUUUGUACGGGAACUCAUCAGUCAUACCCCAAUGGAGUACAAGCGUACCUUGUUAACCCGUGACCUGAGAUACAGUCUGCAUCUCAUUGGGAAUUAUUUGACUGUGUUUAGAAUUAGUAUUUCCUCUCUCAACAACAGGGUGUCUAAGGAGGAGAUAACUGAUUUAGAGUUGUCUGCAGUCAGAGCUAUGUCUGCUGUAUUGUGCUGUGGUCCUGUGUUUGAUCCAAAUGGUCUGAAUGAUGACGGCUACAUCUACAAAUGGGCUCACAUGCUGCUCAGUUCCCAUGAAGACAGGAUCUAUGAACUGGCCAAAGAGACAGUGGUGUUAUUGCUGGACUUUAACCCUGACACCAGUGGCCUACUGGACUGGGUGAUUGACCGCUGUUACACAGGAGCCAAUGAAGUGGCAGAUGGAUGCUUCAACGCACUGGCAGCUGUUUUCCAAUCCAAGGAGUAUCCUUGUGAUCAUGUGGCCAUGUUGAACCUAGCCCUUCUGAAUGUUGGAAGUCCGCGGAUGCAGACACAUGAGACAGCAGUACAGCUCCUUCACCUCCUGGAUACGAGGUUUUUCCAGGAGCCGGUUUUCUACACAGAAUCAACAGCAGAAGACGUCAACCAGGCACGUCUGCCACUGAACGACAUCUUCCUGUCUGUGUCCUACUGUCACGCUCAGAUGAGUCUAUCAGAACAACUGGCCAAAUUCCAUCCAGAAAUCACACUGGACAUGUUCUCUGAAAUAACUCACAGAUUUCAGACAGCAAAACCGUCUGUCAGACAAACUCUGUUGAGGUACUUGUUACCAUGGUUACAUAACAUGGAGCUUGUUGACCCCUCCCUACCACAGGUCAGCCCUUUCACUAACUUCCUGACUCGUCUCCAUGACAACCAGGUGGAGACAUACAAACCUCCACUGAAGGGGGAGGGAUGGGGAUCACCAGAAGCCACAAAAAUGGUGCUGAACAAUCUGUUUUACAUCACAGUCAAGUUUGGAGAUGACCAUUAUAGAGAGAUAGAAGAGCUGUGGGCAGCAUUGGUCAUUGGCUGGCCAAACAACUUACGAGUCAUCAUUCAUUAUCUUGUCAUCUUAACAAACAUGGCUGCUGCUGAACUCCUUCCAUUUGCCAAGAGGGUUGUGAGUUACUUGGGGCGAGCUCGCCCUGAGCGUCUGGUGGAUGAGCUGAUGAAUGAGUUACAGACAGUGGAGACACUCAACAUGACGAUCGAGCGCACUCAAACACCACCAUACUUCAGACUCUCUCAUACCAAGCGUAACCCAGUCACCAUCAAUACAACAGAUGACGAGAAACUAGAGACUCAUCCUGACGCUCCUCUAGAGAAGGGAACACUGCAUACAAAACGACACAGUGCUAACGAAGACUUACCAAGUGAUAGUACACCCCAAACAGAAUCUACAACCUCUCUACGAAGUGUCUCUAGCAACUCAUCUUCCCAAGAUCAGUUCCUACCAGAUGCGGGAGGGCGGCUGGAUGAGGACAUCCACCUUUCUGGUCCCUCCUCUGCUAGGGUUCCAGAGACCAGAAGAAGUGAGUCCCCUGUCCCCUACCCUCUACCCAUGCCAGCCUAUGGAGGAUAUUUUGCCCCACUUUCUGAAUUUCUUCCUGAGAGUCUUCAUCCUACUCCUGGUUUCCAUAGGAGCAACAUAGCCGUAAUGUUUCUGUCGGACUUGGUGCUAGAUGGCCUGGAGAUUGACUGGUCCGCUCAUCUGCCAUUGAUGUUACACGUCAUCUUCUUAGGCCUCGAUCACAUGAGGGCUAUGGUUUAUGAACAUUGUAAGAAGCUUUUAGAAAAUCUGAUUCUGUUGGCCUCGGCACAGGAAGGUCAGAACAUUGCCAGGAUGUUACUGGGUUACCGUAGUAACAUCUCAGACACUCUCAAACUUAUAGCAGAAGAUAGAGAGGGGCCGGGAAUUCUGGAGAGCAGUACAGAAGACCCAAUCUCUCGGUCCACCAUUAGUGUAGAGAGCAAGGACAGCAACCAGACACUGAUUCCUGAUGUUGCUGUAGCAGCUGAGCAACUCAGUGACCCAGAUUCAUUUGACACAGUAGAGGAUAUUGUCAAAGCUAUCUUAGAUUUCAUGGAAAGCAGACGUGGUCGGCCACUGUGGAGUUGUGAAGAUAUUACACCGCGGACUCUGAAGACACAGAGUGCUUACCAACUGGAGUUCUUCCUGAAGUGUGUGGUUAAGUGCUUCAAGGAGUUGUCUCCCAUUGCUCUGGUAGAACAGAGGUGGUCACAUGUAGCCCUACAGCUUGCAUUGUCCUGUUCAUCUAGACACUAUGCUGGAAGGUCUUUUCAGGUGUUGCGAGCUCUUCACAUAAGACCCACCACUCAGAUGUUAUCAGACAUUUUGUCUCGUCUGGUGGAGACAGUGGCAGAACAAGGAGAAGACAUGCAGGGUUACGUUACUGAGAUUAUUCUGACACUGGAAGCUGCCGUAGACAAUCUGGACAUUGAGAUGCGUCCCAUGGAUUACAUGAGGGAGAUCUUUAUGUCGACUCCAAACCUGGCCAAGGAUUUCUCUGAGGGUAGAAAGGGGUCCCUGAUGGCCCCCAGACAGGCUACUAGUAUCCCCCACCACGCACGCAGCACGAGUUACUCUGUGACUGGUCCCCCUCACAGAUCUACUCACCUUGACUUGCGGUUCCGAGCCAGUACCGACAUUGACAGACUGAGGUCUAACAUACCACGCUCGCGUAGCGCCCAAUCCCUGAAGAAUGCGGACACCAGUGGAACAGAGGACAAACUGACCAUCAUGGCUCAAAUGUUCUGGAUAGCUGUGUCCUUGCUUGAGUCUGAUUUUGAGUACGAGUUUCUGUUGGCUGUGCAGCUUUUGGAGAGAAUUCUGCAACACAUUCAGCCAGAGAGGACAGAUUGUAGAGAGAGACUGGAGAAAAUCCAGCAGCAAAUAAAGUGGACCAACUUCCUUGGAGUCCAAACCCUACUGCUCAAGGGUUUCACAUCCUCAGUGACAAUGGAAGCUGUGUGGUCUUUGUUGUCAAGAUUAACUAUCAGUAUAAAUGCCCCUGUGGUGGACCCCACAGAAAACCUGGGCUUCCCUAUAAAUGUGAUAGCAUUAUUGCCAGUUCUUGUCCAGAAUUAUGAAAAUCCAAGUCAGAAGUGCCGAGAUGCUGCUGAUCAUAUUGUUCAGAUUUGCUCUCAGAAGUCUGACCGACUUAACAAUCUGGGGACUGUGAUGUCCCUAUACAGCCGUGGUACGUUUGGUAAGGACAGCUUCCAGUGGACUAAGUGUGUCAUUAAGUAUGUCCUGGAUGUGUACGCCUCAGCCAGCCUCAGUAUGAUCAGCUUCCUGGUGGAGGUAUUGGAGAAGGGCCCUAACAGCUACCAGUCCUCAGUGUUCCAGAUCUUACACUGUAUGGUCCACUACAUUGAUGUCAGUUCUCCCUCAUCCUCCAUUCUUAACUCCGAGCUCAUCCAGGUCAUCAGCAAACAUGUCGAGGGUUCACAUCACAAGGAGGCCUUGAAGAUCCUGAAGUUAGCGGUGACUCGAUCCUCUACCUUGGCGGCGGCCCCUCUAUCAGCCACCACCACCACCACCCACGACUACAACCCUCCUGUGACACAUACUUCUUUUGCUGAGGCAGAGAUGUUCAUGACCAAAAAGGAGUUACCAGGAAGGACAUUGGAUUUUUCUGUUGAUAUGAGAACAGUGCCCAUUGUUGGUCGUAACUUUGUCAACACAAGUAUUCAUGGUCCACUGACUGAACAGCCCACCUCUCUGGAAGUUCCAACUUCACCCACACGUAAAGGUACAGGGGACGGAGAAUCCUGCUGGAGGAGACCCCAGAGUUCACAGCCCCGAGUACGAGAGAGACUGGCAGAACUCCUGACAUGUUACGGUCAGAAACGUCUUCCCAAGAGUCCUUCUGUCAUAUUCAGCCAAUCCAGCGACACUUUAGAUCACCAACAGAGUGUAGCCUCCAGUGGAGAAGAAACGUCCACAGCGGAUGGUGGAUCCAGUGACAUUAUGAAUGAACCAAAUGUGAAUGACAUCAACAUGACCAUUAAAGGAUUCGACUUCCUUAAUGAGGAGGAUUCGGACCCCGAUUAUUAUUCUUCCUUGGAUACCAUCAAGCCAUAUGCUAUAACAUCAUCAGAGAGAGACAACAGGCCUACUAGAGGCUAUGGCAGUGUGCCUGAUCUUAAACUGUUGGGUAGCCUCUCCUCAACCUCAGAGAAAGCGGUGUCACCUAGUGAUAGCAUCAGUCUCAAAGAGGUGAUAAUGUCUGAUUCAGAAACAAAUGAGGAGGAUGGACCGUCCUCUGAUUUACCUGGAGGGACCACCAUUGUUGUGCCUCACCCUGGACUUGAUAACAACAAGCUGGUGUCUUUAUUUUACAGACACAGCCUCCAUAGUGAAGAGAGUGGGAGUGACAUUGAUAUGGUGGACAUAAGCUCAAACUCAGCCUCCCCCAGCUUUAACCAGGCCAAGGAGACCUUUGUUUUUAUGAGGUUACAGAACGAUGAGGUAGAGGACGUGUGGAAGGCUCACAUUGCCAAGGUGAUGUCAGAAUCCUCAGCCGUUCUCACGGUCAAGACAUCACAGAUCUUCCCUAGACUUUACAGGGAACUAAGAAGACGCCUGGACGCUAUGACAAAGGAGGCGUGUUACUACAUCUCAAAGACAGAAUCUCUGAAGCACAUGGCAACACAGUUCAGACAGAUAAUGGACCUGAUUUUCCUUCAUAUGGAGUGUCCUUUCUUCUAUGUCGACUCUGACACAUUGACAGGCAGUAGAACUGUUGAGAAGCACAAGUUCAGUGUACUGGAGAUCCAGGACUAUUAUGAAACUUACUGCAUGAGGAAGGAUCUGGCAGAGCAGAGUCUGGAAGUGAUCAAGUCCUCAAUAAAACAAGAGUCCCUGGGGGAGGGAGGUCAGGGAACAGCUGUCUGUAGUACUGACCAGAAACUAGAGCUGUGUACCAAGCUGUAUCGUGUAAUCUUCCAGCUUGUGUCCUUGUUUGAGAACUAUGUCAAGUUGAUGGACACCUUCCGAUCUGUUACUUCAUCACCACAGAUUGCAGACAUGUCUCUACAAGUGUCAUCAGUGCGGGCUGAGGUCUCACAAGCUCUUCAAGAAAUGGAGAAUGGUCAGGUAUCCCCAAUCAACACAGACUCAAGUAAAAUCCUCACCAAGGCUGAGGCGGUCACCAGUUUACUGGAGUACAUCAAUGGGCACCAGUUUGUGAAAGCUGUCCAACUGUUGAGGUCAUUUAGGUGUAAUUGGCCUAACGAUAUUUUUGGACAAACAAGUGAUGAUGACAUCAUUGCUGUCCUGAGUAUUUACUGCGCUUCCCAAGCAGAAAAACGUACAGGUCUAUUUGUCCUGAUGGGGCUGGACAUUGACUUGGGACUCAUUAAGAAUCAGCUGAUGCAGCUGAACAUCCUGAUGAGGGGAAGGUCCUCUUCGGUCCCCUCCCUGACUCCUCACACCCCCGAGGAGGAAUCUCACCAGGACUCCAGCUCCUUAUGACUAGAGCACCUGGGAAAGAUGUCAUUUGUGUGAAACAGAUACACUCUUGUUUGGCUCUGAAUUUCUUUUUUCAGUUACUGAGUGCAGUUUUAUCUCUUUUGAACUUCAACAACAUAAUGAACACAUAUAAAUAUGCUGUUUGAAACAUGUAUCACCAAUCUACACAUAUGGUUAUCUACCUGGAAUUAAUGGUCAGAUUCAAAGCAUAAUAUUGUACAUCUAUAAAUGUAAUGUAUUUCAAUAAUUCAUAAAUUAUUAAAGUAUACAAUUUUAAUAUCAAUAAUCUUAAUAUUUCUACAUGGAUAAACAUUUAUAAUUACUAUCUAUGCUGUAAUUUCAAUUUAUACAAAUUAAGGAAUCACUGGAACUAUAAUCACAAAUGACACCUUUCCCUGUGGCUUUUCAGCACUUCUAACCUAGACUUUUUAUACAAAAUAUGACUUUAAGGGGACUUUGCUGAUUGGCCACACUGGAAGUAAAAUUAUGAAGUUGUACAUAGAAAAUUUUUUUGGAAAUAUCCUGUAGAAUUCUUUCUUGUAAUUGGUGCUGAAUUACAUAUUGGGGAAUCGAUAAAUCAAUAGCAUGUUUUCAUGUAACUUAAAUCUCAUUCUGUAUAUAUAUUUUUUGUACUAACAUCUAAUCAAAGGUUGCUUUGUUCACUUAUUGUGGCAUUUAAUGUUUUUGUGUAAUUUGCUUUUUAAUUGGACCAUGUUUAAUGUUCAAGUUUUGUAUAUUAUAUUGUUUUAAUUUAUUUACCUGUUUGAUGUACAUGUAUAUAUGAGUAGUCUUAUGAAUCGUUUGUUGCUAUUGAAAGUGCUUAUGUAUUUUAGUUACACCCCCUCUCCCUUUUGUCAAGAUACAUGUGCAUGAUGUAUUAAGGAUUGACCCAUAUAAAGUGCAAUUUUUAUUUCCCUUUGAUACCUCUUUGUUUAUUCUAGUCCCCUUGCUUUCUUUCAUUAUAUUUAGAAAAGGUGUUUUGUGAAGGAAGUACUUGUACUCUUGUUUUACAGAUUAAUAGUGAGGCCCUGAAACAUAAAAAAUAAAGUUUUCACAUAAUAUUACUAGCAUUUAUUCAAAGUUAAGUUAAUGCAAGUAAAAUUUGUAGAUUUUUUAAGCACAUUGUUCAUGUCAGAUGUAUUUGGAUACGUAUAAAAAGUAAACCAAUGAUUAUAUUCCUCUCUACACUUGUAUUAACAUGUCUAUUCAUGUAAAAAUACAUACUUUCACAUCUAUUUUUGGAAUGUUAACACCUCUCCUAUAGAGAAAGUACAUGUACAUGUAUUAAUAAAGUGAUAAAUAUUUGUA